GUGUGGUCACGCACACACAGUGACGUCACUAUCACCAUCCUCCUCCUCACCGAGCCUCCGGUCUGUUUCCAGGGUCACUCCGCUAAACGGAGAAGCCAUUUCUUGCUGUAGGUUGACGGGAAGACAACACAAGGGUUAAAAGAUCACCUGACAAGAUGUGUUAGGAUCUGGGUAGCCUCGCAUAGCCAGACCAAGGGGUGGACGGUGGAUCUGCAGCCCUGUAUACUAAACAGGAGAACGAGCUUUUCAUCAUGAACUGCGAUAUAGAUGGAGACAUGGAGAACCAGGUGGAGAUGGAGGAGAAGACGAGGUUAAUAAAUCAAGUUUUGGAACUUCAGCACACACUGGAAGACCUGUCAGCGCGGGUCGACGCAGUCAAGGAGGAGAACCUGAAGCUAAAGUCUGAGAACCAGGUCCUCGGUCAGUACAUCGAGAACCUCAUGUCUGCCUCCAGCGUCUUCCAGACCACUGACACCAAGAGCAAACGGAAGUGAGGUACCCCCGCCCACCACCCCCCAAAAAAAAAGCCAAGCAGCUGGGAGAGGGAACCCACCAUCGAGACAUGGAGAGGGGUUUGUUUUCUCAGCAGACCUGGGCAUUUUUAAUUUAUUUAUUUUUUCUUCCUGUAACUGAGCUCACUUUCCUGAGUCAAAAACUAACAAUUUUAAAAAUCCAAAACAUAAACUGACUUUGUCCCCGCUGUCUGCUAGUCUGGCCCAGGUCUGUCUUGCAGCAGCUUCCUCUCCACACUACAGACGAGGUAGACCUCACCCUUUAAUCACAAAUACAAAACACCCAACCAGACCAUGUACAUCCAGUGGUUAAGGGUCAUUUGUACCUUGAGUUUCUUCUUAAUGCUCUGUGUGUAAGUAGGAUCUGUAAAAUAAUUCUUAGCCUCGCUUUACCUGCUUGGAUUUCUGUUUUGAGGACAAUACAGAUUUUUCUGCGGUUCCCCACCCCCCCCCCGUGUUCCUGUCUCAAACUGACCUGUAAGUAGGUGAAAAACAACCAUAACUAUUACAUAUACUGUCCGAUCUUGAACCUCAUUUCACCAUUUUUUUAUAUUAGUAUUUAUUUAUUGUAUAUAAUUUUGUACGUCAGCCUGAUCUGAGUUUUUCAGUAGGGCUCGGAUGUCAUCAUGUCUAUAUGAAGCAUGACUAUUCCUCCUUUUUAAAGGCUGACAAGCUUGAGCAGUGUUACUGAGAAUGAAAACGGCAUUUGGAUCGCAUGUAUGACUUCUUUAAGUUUGAAAGUUAAGUAUAUCUAACACAAUGCCUUUUAAAUCACUAAUCACUAAAUAACCAACUGUAUAAAGCUAGGGAGAACUUUCUAACAAUAGGUGGAUACUAGGUACCAUUUUGAGAGCUUAGCAACAAUGCAAGUGAAAGCACAGGGCAACUAACAGUUGUGUAAAACUCCAUAAGAAGUGUAUGUCUUAACUAACAUCAGUGAUGUUUUUAUUGCAUAUUACAAUGACACAAGAUGUUCGUUGCGUGCUUGGAAGUAUUUGUAACCCUUUCAGUUUGUCACGUCAUGAAUGAGUGUCAGUGUUGCGGCCCAAACUGUAAUUUAAGAGUGACAAAGGAAAUGGUAGGGUCAUAAAUGCAGCUGGGCUCUUUCAUAGACCCCUCCCCCCCCCAAUUAUUACAUUGUGUUCUUAUUCUGUAUCAUCCAUGGGGGGAGGAGACUGAAUGGGUGAGAUGAGGAGGGAAGAAAGGGAUGCUUUGCUCUUUAACUGCAAGCAGUAAAGAGGCCUUGAGUGCUAUUGAUCCACUCAGCCAGGCCUGGAAAACAUCACCUGCUGAGGAGAGGUUUGACCGUAAAAUGGGCCGGUGUUGUCAGUGUACAGCAGAGUGGAGGGUGUGUCCUCCAAGACUGCUGCUGCCACAGAUAAAAAAGAAACUGAACAAGGGUGAAAGGAGAUUUAAAAAAAAUCUAAUCUGAACACAUUUGUAUUCCUUUUCAAACUGUAAGUAUCAAGUUGAGUAAUGUCUGGAAAGUAGUAAUUCAUGUGUAAACAUCAAGUGACUAUGGUGCUGUUUUAACUGGGAGGAACUGGUAAUAUUACGGGAGGCUAUGAACACUGUAUAUGCUGUAAUUUAUUGAGGUUAUUUUGCUAUUUUUAACAGUUGUACAGUAGCAUUUUAUUAAUUUCUGUCUGACAUGCUGAAUAUGCCCCACCUACACACACACACCGUGGUACUACCUGUCUUGUGUAGACACCCUGCACCUUUGCCUUUAAACAUUUGUUUUAAUAAAAACAUAUCACUCCUU